CGGUGAGCGCGGGUCAGCCGAAAGUAUCUGCGGCUCAAAAACUAUCUUGAUAUCCGUGCAUCGAUCAAUCUGCCUGAGAAAGGGUCCGCCGCUGUUGCCAAGUGAAGAAGCCAUCAAAGAUGACUGCCAAACCAAAGUUUGUUUAUGAAAAGGAUGACCUGGGCACCAUAGGUGAGGUGGACGACAAUGAGGUGGAUCGGAUUGCGGAGUGCUUCAAGGGACGCAGUCUGUUCAUUACCGGCGGCACUGGAUUCCUGGGCAAGGUCCUGGUUGAGAAGCUGCUACGGUCGUGUGGCGGCCUUAAGCGCAUUUAUCUGCUAAUUCGCCCCAAGAAGGGCAAGGAUCCGCAGGAGCGCAUCAAGGAUAUAUUCCAGAAUGUGCUUUUCGACCAGGUGAAGCAGCUGCGCGGCGAGGAGCACAUCCUGCAGCAGGUGGUGGCCAUAGCCGGGGACGUUCUUUCUCCGGGCCUGGGCAUCUCUGAGAAGGAUCUGGAGACUCUGCGCCAGGAGGUCUCCAUUGUUUACCACUGCGCGGCUACAGUGCGCUUCGACGAACCUCUUCGCAACGCCGUGUUCAUGAACACUCGUGGCACCAAGUACAUGUUGGAUCUGGCCCAGACUCUAAAGCAUCUGGACUUCUUCGCCUAUUGCUCCACAGCCUAUUGCCAUUUGCACGUAAAGACUCUGUACGAGAAGCCUUACGAUCCCCCAGCAAAUCCGCACAAGGUGAUGCAGGCCUGCGAGUGGCUGACAGACGACGAAGUGGCCACCAUUGAGCGCAAGGUGCUUGGUGACAUACCAAACACGUACGCCUACACAAAGUCGUUGGCGGAGGCACUGGUGGUGGAGAAGUUCGACCAAUUGCCGGCCGUGAUUCUCCGGCCCUCGAUCGUGAUCCCCAUCUGGAAGGAGCCCAUUCCCGGCUGGACGGACAACAUCAACGGACCCACUGGAUUGCUAAUUGGAGCCGGAAAGGGUGUCAUCCGCACCAUGUACUGCAACUCCUCGGGCUACGGUGACUUCCUGCCCGUAGACGUGGCGGUGAACGGCAUCCUGGUGGCCAGCUGGCGUAAUAUCACGGCUGGCACCGAUACCACCAAUCGGGUGGCCCACAUGACCUCCUCCAACGACAUCAAGGUGUCCUGGGCGGAAAUCAUUGAGCUGGGACGCUGGGUGAUCGAGAACAAGGUGCCGCUGAACGGCGUGGCCUGGUAUCCAGGAGGCUCCAUGAAGUCCAACUACUGGGUGCACUGCGUCUGCAUGGUACUGUUUCAGUGGAUGCCAGCCCUCUUUGUGGAUGCCCUGCUCUGGCUGCUUCGCUAUCCGCCCGUACUGUGCCGGGUCCAGAACCGGAUUUUCAAGGGAUUUGAGGUGUUUGAAUAUUAUGCGAACAACGUGUGGAAUUUUGACAACACGGAGGCGGUGAAGCUGAGAAAACUAAUGAACAAUAAAGAGCGGCGAACCUACGUGAUAGAGAAGAUCGAACUCGACUUGAUCGACUAUUUCACCAACUGUGUCCUCUGCGCCCGUCGUCUAAUCCUAAAGGAAUCGGACGAGUCCAUUCCGGCAGCCAGGCGGCACAUGAAGGUCAUGUGGGUUGUAGACAAGGUGUACAAGGGAAUUUGGAUCUUCGGCAUCCUCUAUAUGCUCUACAGGUGCUUCUUCGCGGGCUAGGAUCCGCCUUCGGAUGCAUUGCUAGCUUAAUUAAGUGCUUGACACCAAAAGAUGCGCCCUGCCCCAAGCCGUAGCUUAUAGUUGUUAUUUAGCGCUAAGUCUUCUAGUUUUUAGUUGGUGCUGUUCAUUAGAAACUUAAUUCAUUUGUUUUGAAAGGCAGCGAAUAAAACAUUGGUUUAUGUA